AUGCGUACCACUCCACGCAUCACUCUUUCUCUAGCAGAGUAUAUACAUAUGGUGUUUGCCCUUGCGGCAAUUGUGAUUCAAGUUCUUUGGACUGCCACGACGAAAUCUCCAUGGCGUUUAUUUGGCUCUGCAGACGACAAACGGAAUUAUCUGCGAGCAGUUGCGCUCAAACUGAUCCAGUCAAGCGAAGACUGGUUUAGUAUCCGUAUAACACAGUUUCUCAUGCCUAGUACACGCACUAUGAUUGCCUACUGGGGGAGAACUCGUCGCACCACCAUCUACCAGGAUAAUGUUGCGAUUCCGGGAGAUGCGCCUUCGCCUGUUUUGCAUUGGAUCGGAUCCAAACCAGGAGCAGAGACAUCCAGAAAGGUUAUGCUGUACGUUCACGGUGGUGGCUUUGUGCUGCCCAUCUCGGAAGGGCACAUUUCGCUAGCGAAUAAACUACUUGUAGAGGCAAAGAGGAUGAACAAUGUUCCUAUCCACCUGGCCAUAGCAGAGUACAGUAUCGCACCUUACCGUCAGUAUCCAACUCAGGCCAACCAGUGUCUUGCUAUUCUUCAUCACCUACAUUCAAAGUACGGUUUCGACUCGUCGGACAUUGUUCUCGCGGGCGACUCUUGCGGAGCAGCAAUUUGCUUGUCUGUCGUCUCUCAAAUACUUCACCCCAGUCCAACCAUUUUGUCUCCUCCAUUCUCCAAAGUCGCAAUGAAGCCAUUCGCCGGCCUUUUCCUAAUCUCGCCCUGGACGAGCCUUGCAACGACCGCGCUCUCAUACACUACCAACGCCAAGAUUGACACAAUUUCACCCAAGAUCAUUCGUCGGUUCCGAGAAUGCUAUAUAGCACAAUCCGAACUGCUGCCCUCUGCAACCGUCAGUCCCUUUGAAAUCGCUGGCGUGACGGGCCGCCAGUAUCGAUCUAGCAAGGACCCGCCUAUCAUUGGGCUAGAAAGAGGCGUCGGGAUAACUCGUCCGAUUGGUUCUAUUCAACGAGAUGCGGAGAGUGAUGACUGGUGGAAGGAUCUUUUCCGCGUCGUGCGUCGAGUCGUCGUUUCGGUUGGAGAAUACGAGUGCUUCCGCGAUGAUAUACUGGCCUUUGGAGAUGAAGUUCGUCGCUCGUGUGAAGGAGAUGCUUCUAUGGAUUUGGAGAUUAUACGUGAUGAAUCCUUCCAUGCGGUCCUGAUUUCAGACUUCGCCUUCGGUGCACCUCCGAGCACCCUUGCCGCCCGCCUAUCGGGAUGGCUUGCAGAGACGUUUCAGGCACAACCAGUCUGA